AUGCGAGACCAUUCAACGGAUAUUAUCGGAUUCGUUGAAACUCGUAUAAGCAGUUCUGCUGCUGACAAAGCUAUUUCUAAACUCAAAAUUCUGAACUCUUUUAGAGUCGAUGCUGAUGGAUCCACUAUUAUCUUAGGCGAUUUCAAUGCUGCUUUAUCUCCAAAUAAUCGAAAAGGUUGUGUUAAAAUCCCAUCAUCGGAUCAAGACUUCAGUAAUGUUGUCUUUGAUUCAAGUCUACAUGAUCUUGGUUAUCAAGGACCCGACUUCACCUGGUAUAGAGGACCUUGUGUUGUUCACCUUGAUAGAUGUCUAUGCAAUGAUAAAUGGCUUAUUGCAUAUCCUGAUACACUGGUUUACCACCUCCUCAUAAUGAAGUCUGAUCAUAGACCCCUCUUACUUUCCAUUGGUAAAAGCUCUAAUAAGCGGCAACAAAGUCAGUUUCGAUACUUUAUGGGAUGGACUCUCCACAAUGAUUUCCAUAAACUUAUGCUUGAUAGUUGGGACCCUUCUCUCCCAAUUACACAUGUCAUCUCUAAAUUCAGUAGAACAGCAAAACAAUGGAAAUCACCACACAUUUGGGCAGCUUUCUCAUCGCAAGCGAAAUGUUAUGGGGCGACUAAUAGGAGAGCUAAUCGAAUUUAUUCUCUUCAAAGUUCAACUGGAGAGUGGUGCUCGGAUAUUAAUACUCUUCGGCAAGAAGUCAGCUCUUACUUCCAGGAAUUAUUUUCAAUUCAUGAUGAAGUGCAUGGAACAUAUCCUGUUUCGGGGCAUUUCCCAAAAUCUGGAAUUACUGCCAAACCAUUAGAAAUAAAAGAUGCUCUUUUCGACAUGGCUCCUCUUAAAUCUCCAAGAGCUGAUGGUUUGCAUGCACACUUCUAUCAGAAACAUUGGGACAUUAUUGGCGCUUCGGAGGUUAUUCACUCCAUGAGAACCAAGAAAGACAAAGAAGGUUGGAUGGCGAUAAAAGUGGACUUGGAAAAAGCUUUUGAUCGCAUUCGCUGGGACUUCAUAGUCGAUACUCUUUAUGAAGCAGAUGACUUAGUGUUAUAUGCCAAAGCUACUGCAGCACAAGCAAUCCUUAUUGACGAUAUCUUGGAAGAAUUUGGUCGUUACUCGGGUCACAAAGUUAACAAACUCAAAUCCCAUGUUUACUUUUCGCCCAAUACAAGUGUAGAAUCAGCAAAUGCAGUCAGUUCCCAUCUCGGCAUCAAGCAAAUUCAUAACUUGGGAGUUUAUCUUGGAAUGUCGGUUAUGCACAAACGAGCCACAUGUGAAUUCUACAGCUUCAUUAUUGAUAAGAUAAAAUCAAAGAUUCAUGGGUGGUCGGCUAGAACUUUAUCUUUUGCGGGACGGAUUACCCUUGCUAACUCCGUGCUCAUGGCUAUCCCAACGUAUUUCAUGCAAACUUGCCGCUUCCCCUCUCGAAUACAGAGAAAUAUUACAUUAAGCUUCUUCGCCAAAAGUAUAAGGUGCUCUCCAACUGUCUCACCUCUAUAUUCCGGCCGAGUUGUUCUCAUUUAUGAAGGUCCUUAUCCAAAGUAUGGAAUAAUUUCUACAGUUUCUUAUCUUGGUCCAUAG